AUGCUGGUCUCACUGUCCUUACCACCACCGCACUUUAAUCCAUCCCGCCUCUCGGAGCCGAAGACGGUGGAACCAUCCGCACCUGCGAUAGAUGCGGAGCCGCCUGCAACAGCCGCUGCAGACGAGAGAGAGAGGCAUUGGAGGGGAGUAAUAAAAAACACCCUUGUGGAAGGGACUAUGAUUCAAGCAUUCCCAGUUGUUAUACAGAAUAACAGACUGAAAAGAUGGGAGGCGUUUGACUGGAAAGUCCUUGAGAAAUUAAAGACUGCUGUGAGUCAAUAUGGAAUCAAAUCUACGUUAGCCCAACAAUUGCUACAAUUCAUCUUUUCUGCUGAUACGCUGAUCCCUCAAGAUAUUAUGCAAAUAGUACGGUUGGUUUUGGAACCCUCACAAAUGUUAGUAUUUUUGCGACAUUGGGAAGCGCUCUGUGAUCGGGAACAGGCAACUCCACGACAGCCAACAGAUCUCUUAUGGGCAGUAACCACGCAGAUGUUGAUGGGUACUGGACCCUUCACGGCAGGGAAUGCCCAGGUGCAAUGUAUCACCAAGGUUCAUCAUCUAUCACAGAAUUUGGCAUAUCAAGCCCUUAUUACCUUACCAGACAAGAUGCGAACCCAUGUUUUUACUCAGGUGAAACAAGGGCCUAAUGAACCUUUCGCACAAUUUAUUGAUAGACUGCAUAAGGCAAUUUUUGAUCAUCCUGACAUGGACGAUGCCAUGAAAGAGAAAGUGCAGCUGUACAAGGAGCUAUAAAGCCGUUUCUCAAUAAAGCCAGUAAGAAACCCUUGGUCAAGUGUUUUAAUUGUGGCAAACUUGGACACAUCAGGAGCCAAUGUAAAGCUUCUGCUAGUAAAAGGUGGUGCAACAGUUGUAAGAAAGAUAAACACACCACCCAAGAAUGUAGAAAGAAGGGAAACUUUACACCGAGUGCGAAGGCCCCUCACGCGACGACACAAAUGCAAGGGGCUUGGGCUGCCAGCCCUCAGGCAGCCUCACAACUGCCAGAUCCGCCACUGCAGGAAGCUCCGGAGUGGACGUGGAAACCGCAGUAGACAU